UUUCACAAUCUUACAUAAUUUCUGUCAAGAAAUGAUAAACUAUAAUUAAGUAUAUUUAGAGCAAUUUAGGGUGGCACACGUACGUCCUACUGUAUAUGAUACAAAUGAUCCAAACUUGUGGUGCCAAAAAUAAACAGAAACCUCUUCUAAUUAGUCGCUAGCGACUUUAAUAAUCUUCUUUUGUGCAAGUAAUCAUCAUAAUUUUAUCCCAUGGUUGUUCAUUUUCAAGGAUCAUCAAGUUAUAUCCUCACAUCUAUUAUCAGGAUACCUAACCAAACCACCCCAACCCAGAAAAGUUUAUUUGUUCAGUUCCUUGCGCACCAAGGUCACCUCUCUCCCUCCUUACAACCUGGUGCACAUUGGCAUCCUGUGGGUGCAGUGUGUACCUCUAGCUUCCGCAAUCCCCUAGGCUGAAAUGGGGAAGGGACUCCCAUCCUCCGACGUCGAAAAGGGGCCACCGGAAAGGGGACAAGAGAAGAGACAUCAUCAGAGAAGCCGACUACCUCCGCCAGAAGUUUGCCCCCCUCCCCAAAAGCCAUGGGUUUCAUGGUUCGUACCAGUCAUAUUUCUGGUCAAUGUCAUCAUGUUCAUCCUCACCAUGUAUUUCAACAAUUGCCCAUCUCAAGAGGCUCAUCCUAAAUGCGUUUUGCCAUUCUUGGGGAAGUUCUCUUUCCAACCCCUUAAAGAAAACCCCCUCCUUGGUGCUUCCACGGUCACUCUGACAAAUCUAGGUGCCCUUGAACUGAGUUUGGUGGUGGAAAACGGAGAAGGAUGGCGCCUCUUGUCUUGCAUGUGGCUUCAUGCUGGACUUGUUCAUCUGCUUGUCAACAUGAUAAGCCUUCUCUUCAUAGGAAUCCGGCUUGAGCAGGAAUUCGGUUUCAUCAGAAUAGGACUCCUCUACUUAUUAGCUGGAAUAGGUGGAUCACUAUCAUCUGCAAUUCAUCAAAGCCAUCUUAAAACCCCACAAAUAUCAGUUGGCGCAUCUGGGGCACUUUUUGGAUUGUUGGGAGCCAUGCUUUCUGAACUAUUUACAAACUGGACAAUCUAUACAAGAAAGUGCGUAGCGCUCCUGAUACUGGUAGCCGUCAUUUCCUUGAAUUUGGCGGUAGGGUUUAUACCUAAAGUGGACAAUUCAGCUCAUGUAGGAGGAUUCCUCACCGGAUUUUUCUUUGGCUUUGUUAUUCUCAUUCGCCCUCAAUUUGGAUAUGUAAACCGCAAGUACAUUCCAACUUCCUAUAAGGGCCAACUUAAAUCUAGGCACAAGUGGUAUCAAUAUGUUUUAGGAAUCACAGCUGCUAUUAUCUUAGUUCUUGGAUUUGCAUAUGGUUUUGGCAAGCUAUAUGGUGUUCCACCAAUUAAAAACCUGCCUUGAUUUCAAGAAAUUGAGACAAUCUUGAGAGCUCAACUGCUAGUUCCUCAAGAAUUGCAGGUAUAGCAUCACAAACUAUAACCAUACCCCCAAAAGAGAAAAAUAAACACCCUAAACUGCACUUCCUUGUAUCAGGAAUGUCAAACAAAUGCAUGAAACAUACCCACACACUCAUGCGCACAUGUUUAAGUAUAUUUAUUGCUGAUCAAUGAAAUGUAUACUUGUCAAUACUCAGAUGUAAGUGUAUGCAUAUGAUUUGCAUACAUCUGGAAAACCGGAGAACUAGAAGCUACUACAAAUUCGAGUUUGCUUUGGCAUGAUAUACGGGAGUUCAUAUGGCUCCAUCAGAUAUAGAAAAUAGCAACACUUGAAACAUCACUUGCACGAAAUUUUAUAUGACUCAAACAUUAUUUCAAUAUCACUUGUUCAAAUUAUAUUAUUUUGUCUCUGUCACUAGUGUAUGGACUUAUGAUUUCUGCAAAUAGUACAUAUGUGUGUGGUAUCAUACAUUUAUACCACAUGCAUAUACAUAAACAUUUAUAUACUCUCAGUUAGUCAGUUACUAAUGAAUGAAGAAUGUGUAAUACCCCGAAUUUUCGAGUUUAAAUUCGUAUAAUUUUUUGUAAAUUAUUAAGUUUGGUAAUUCGAGUAAAAUCGCAUUUUACGCCUUUUCGUCGAUGUAUUUACAAAUGAAACUGAUCUCGGAAAUUAAGGUUGAAAAACGUUACGUUUUCAGUGGCUCAAGAGUCGACUUUUAUUCCGUUGCUCAUCUCUAAAAACUUCCUUCAUCAAAGUUGUAAAGCUCGUCGUUACGAGUUCGUAGACACACGGCACGCCUUAAUCGGAUAUCGUGUUUUAAAGUUGUUGGCAACGGAAGUUUAGUUUCCUAUUUUAGAAAGGUAUAAAAGGAAUUUUUGGGA